AUGACGAACAGUCCAAGCAAGUCACUUGCUAUCUCAACACUGCUCCAGCUGAUAGAAGACUACCAUGCGUUCAACCCAGGUGGCGUCGAGCGGCUUCCCUAUCCUACCUCGGUAGAGUUCUGCAAACAGGUCAGCCGGGGACGGCCAUGCGUAUACCGACUCCGGCGUUCCAGUGAGCGAAUAAACAGAGACAGGAGCAGAAACGGAGACAGAGACAGAGAUGAUGGAAGACAUGUAAAUGAGGCACCACAGUCAGACACCGAUCAAAUUCGGCAAGCCGAGGAGACAGAGAUUCUAUCAUGUCCUGCCUUCUCCUGGACGAAAGAGCAAUUAUGCCAGAAGGUGAAGGAGGAUGUCGAAGUGGCCGUGACCCCGGACGGCCGCGCCGACUCUCUGUACCCGUACCCGUACCCGUAUCCAAGCCAGUCCGGGAACCCCAACAACAGCAACAGCAACAGCAAUGCCUCCCAGGAAGGACCACAGGCAGGAGAAGACCAAGAAGAAUCCAAGACGAGAUCGCAGCACGCUCACGAAGACGUCUUUGUUCAACCGGCAACAGUCAUGAUGCCUCUCUCGUCUGUUCUUGAGAAGAUCUGCUCAGCAUCAUCCACUCCAUCUCCGUCCUCAGCCUCAGCCACUGGACCCCCCGACCCAACCCCGCCAUCGACGACGGCAACGGAAACGACAAACUCUCCUCACCCUGAAUCCAGAGAGCCAGUCUACUAUCUCCAGUCACAGAACAGCAACUUGACAACCACACCCCUAGCCGCUCUCCUCGCAGACGUGCCAUCAUGUAUCCCCGUCGCCCGACCCGUCCUGGGCGACCCCGAAGCCGUCAACAUCUGGAUGGGCAAUGCCUCGUCCGUGACCAGCACCCACCGCGACCCCUAUGAGAACCUGUAUCUAGUGAUCCGGGGCAAGAAGCAUUUCACUUUGUGGCCGCCUUGUGAGGAAUUAUGUUUGCAUGCCAAAAAAGUCCGCACUGCACAUCAUGUAUAUGAUACCAGCACUUCGCCCCCUUCCUUCAAGAUCGUGCUUGAUGAGUCGCCUUCAUCGACAUCCACCAGCCUCUCCGAGGAUGAUGAUGAACCUGGUCCGGACACUUGCAUACCUUGGAUUCCUAUCGAUCCAAUCAACCUCCCACCUGCGGAUAUACUAAACUCGCAAUAUCCGUAUUACCAGUAUUCACACCCUCUCACUGUCACUGUGUCCGAAGGAGAGAUGUUAUAUCUACCCUCGGGCUGGUUUCACCAUGUCCGGCAAGAUUGUGGAGUCUGGGAUGAUGGAGAGGUGGCGCCCUGCAUAGCAGUGAACUAUUGGUUCGACAUGGACUAUGAAGGGGAGAGAUAUGUCAUGCGAGAAAUGCUGGCCAGAUUAGCCGAGAUGACUAGGGAAGACAAUCAAUGA